UCGCGGGGAGUGGCGACGCCACCUGCGCCCCGGGAUGGGGUGGCUUGAGGCGGUCGCGGGCCCCUUGGGUUGCUUGGCGGACGAGCCGGGCCCUUGCCUCAAGCUGCUUCUCCAAUGGACCGUUCACCUGCAUCUCGGGUUCGCGGAGUCGGGAGGACUGCUGGUUUUGCUAAUCUCCCUGGUUGUCUCCAAGCUCACGCUUUCUGAAGAGUGGAGAAAAACAGUGCCUAGUUGGUAUAACAGACAGCACGUUUGCUCCCAAGUGAAACGCUGUGCUCUCCAGGCCCCUAGACUUGAGAAGUUUGAAAACCUCUUGUGAAGCUUAGCCGACACUUGUGGCGUGUUCACUCAUGUGUUCGUUUGUUGGGAGUCCAGAUGGUAAAAUUGUCCACAUAAUAAACCGCCAGAUCGGCUGUGCAGAUAGCACUGGUGCGGGAAAUGCCAGGGACUGGAAUAAGAAGGUUCAUGCCCCGUGGAGUCCCCUGCUCAGCCUCUGCAAGGCUACUUUUUAGGACUCCUUUUUCAGUAGGUGACAUUGGCCCUACCGUCGGUGUUGAAGGAAGGACAAGCCUCCCAACUACAGCUAGAGGUUUAGUUAGCAUCCCUGGAGCCUUAGAACUUUGUUUUUCCAGCUUACAACAAGAAUGUAACGCCGCUGAACUUCGUAAAAAGUAGGCAGGGAUCUUGGGUGAGCUUUGACUGUGUGUACCAUUUGCUCAUCACUGCUGCGUUCAUUUUUGUUGCAGGUGUGCAGACGAUUGGGCAUCAUAGAAGUUGACUAUUUUGGACUCCAGUUUACGGGCAGCAAAGGUGAAAGUUUAUGGCUCAAUCUGAGAAACCGGAUCUCCCAGCAGAUGGAUGGGCUAGCCCCUUACCGGCUUAAGCUGAGGGUGAAGUUCUUUGUGGAGCCCCACCUCAUCUUACAGGAGCAGACUAGACUCCUCGUUGGUGUCGGGCCUGAAGGAAUCUCCAUCUGCACAGAUGACUUCAACCCAAUUAAUAGGAUCGCGUACCCGGUGGUGCAGAUGGCCACCCAGUCAGGAAAGAAUGUGUACUUGACGGUCACCAAGGAGUCGGGGAACAGCAUCGUGCUUCUGUUUAAAAUGAUCAGCACCCGGGCAGCCAGCGGGCUCUACCGAGCUGUCACCGAAACGCAUGCCUUCUACAGAUGUGACACGGUGACCAGUGCUGUCAUGAUGCAGUACAGCCGGGACCUAAAGGGCCACUUGGCGUCGUUGUUCCUGAAUGAAAACAUUAACCUCGGCAAGAAGUAUGUCUUUGAUAUCAAAAGAACGUCCAAGGAGGUCUAUGACCACGCUCGGAGGGCCCUUUAUAAUGCCGGCGUGGUGGACCUGGUUUCAAGGAGCAACCACAGCCCCCGAAGCUCCCCGCUGAAGUCUUCAGAAAGCAGCAUGAACUGCAGCAGCUGCGAGGGCCUCAGCUGCCAGCACACCCGUGCGCUGCAGGAGAAGCUGCAUAAGCUGAAGGAGGCCAUGCUCUGCAUGGUGUGCUGCGCGGAGGAGAUCGACUCCACCUUCUGCCCCUGUGGCCACACUGUGUGCUGUGAGGGCUGCGCUGCCCAGCUGCAGUCCUGUCCGGUCUGCCGAUCGCAGGUGGAACGCGUUCAGCACGUCUACCUUCCCACCCACCCCAGCCUGCUCAAUCUGACUGUAGUCUAACGCGACAUACCGUGUGGCCAUGAACUAUAAAAGUCAUCAGUUGUGGAGAGAAGAAUUAUUCCAACACCCAUUUGCCAUGUGAAGUUUAAAAAAAAAAAAAAGAAUAUAGUUACUCCUCGCUGCAAAAACACAUCCGCGCGUAGAAGCAACACCUCCAGUGAUGGUGGCCAGGAAGCGCUCUAGGACACAGACACAUUCCAGGACUUUUUUUUUUUAUGAUCAAGUGAACAAAUAGACAGAAAUCCUCUUUGAUGUCAGUUAAGUGGCAACAUAGCCAAAAAGUGAGUACCGUUUAGGAAGUUUUGUUGUAAAUCCGCUUAGUGUACCCCAAGGUAAGUUUCCUACCUGCAGCAGAUUUUGUAAGAAUUAAUUUUAAGAAUUUACUGGGUUCUUUCUGUAUGGUCAUGGAGCUCUGAACGUUUUUAAUAGGAACCUUUUUCUUAAAGAAAUAGUCAUCGUUUUAAUGUCAUUUCUGUUUUAAUAACUUGU